CUGCUGUACGUGCACACAAAGUUGGCAAACACAGUGGAUCCUGAAGUGUGUAUCCAGGUAACAGAGAGGUGACUGCAGGCUGAAGCUUGUAACACAGAACACACCCUCUGCACAGUCUUUACAGAAACACACAGUGGAGACGCAGCGCAGACACCGCAGAAAUGGCAGAACAAGAGGCUUCAUCUGUUGGUAAUGGUCAGUCAGCACACAGUGGUCUCGCUCCGCCCUAUGCAGGCAGCCACAGUGUACUGCAGGACAGACUGAGCUUCACCCCACUGGACUCCAACACUGACACCGUUCAGCCUUUCCCCCGUUCUCCAAAACUACAGAGGAAGAUAGCCAGUGCUGGACAGCCCUCUCAGGAGCAGCUGUCCAGACGGAUGGAGGAGCUGCAGGCAGAGUGGUCCAGGACUGAGGCUCACAUCCAGUCCCUGAAGAAACGCAAGGCAGAUCUCUCUACGAGCACAGAGGUGAUGAAGCAGCAGGUUCGAGAGGACUUCGAGAACAUGCGGUGUGUCCUGAAGCAGGACGAGCAGGCCGUCCAGGACUAUCUGGAGCUGGACCUGAGGCAGACCAGGACCAGACUGGACCAGGUUCUAAAGAACUGGAACCACCACCAAGACCAGGUCUCCAAGAGCAUCGGCAGCCUCCAGAGCGCACUGAGCACCGGCCCGGCGGCAGAGGAAAAAAGGAAGGGUCAGUCUGACAAUCUGAGUCCUAAGAAGCCAGAUGCCUCUGAGAAGGAAAUCCGACUGAAUGAAGAGAGAUUUGAAAGGCUCCUAAAAACAUUAUCCUCCAUCUCCAAACAGCUGAAAGCUCAGCUGCAGAGGAAGGCUCUCCUGUUAGAUUCAUCCCCCAUGAUGAUUGACAGGCAGACUUGCCAAAGCCAGAUCACGGUGACCUCAGAGGGGCGGGGCAUGUCCUUCUCCGGCUCUGCCCGCUCAGCUCCAGAGCAUCCCCUCCAGUUUGACAAGGUGUGCUGCGCUCUGGGCUCGUCUCCUGUCACAGCCGGUCAGCGUUACUGGGAGGUGGACGUCCACUGCUGCUCCGCCUGGGCCGUGGGCGCCGCCUACGGCAGCCUGGAGAGGAAGGGCCGGGACAAGGGCACCAAGCUGGGCCGUAACAGGAACUCCUGGUGCGUGGAGCUUCGCAACGGCCAUUUGACUGCUUGGCACAACGACCGGCACGUAGCGUGCCAGGGCGUCGGGCAGACGCCGCUGGGAAAGGUGGGAGUGUGGGUUAGUUACAAUAAGGGCCAGCUGGUGUUCUACGACGCGGACACCAUGGCUGUCCUGCAGAGGUUCUCGCCGGCUGUGACGCCGGUGUUCGACCGGGCUCAUCACCAGUUCACUGAGCCUCUGUACCCUGCCAUGCGCUUCCUGAGACCACCGGAGAACCAGAUGUGGCCCAAUCACCUGGAGCUCAGUCACAUCAGCACUCCAUGAUACUGCGGUCAAACUCCACAUACAGUGAUGGGGAUUCUAUCCCUCCAUAUAAAUAUAGCGUCACAUCAGAGCAGCAUUACAGUACAAAAUAAUAUGAUAACAAACGAGACAAACCAACCUGAAGUCAAUGUCCAGCAGCAGACUCUUCAUUGGCUCAUGUUUCUGCUCCAGGUUUCUCAACUUGAUCAGCUCCUGAAGUCUGGCCCGAACAACAACAACAAUCAUUAUGGAGUAAAACUUAGAUAAAACACUGAUUUCUAUCCGUGUUUUAAAUCUUAGUCAUUUCACCAUUUUGUUUCUUAUGGCAGUCACUUAAACUUCUGUGUAUUUUCUCUAAAAUGUCAUUGCUGCUCAGGCUGUACCGAACAGGCUGAAGCCUCAAAGCUUCAUUCAUAAUGUCGACGAUAAUAUUCUAAAGCAACAUUUGAGGGCUGCACUGCUUUUAUUUUUUUGCAUGUCUAUUCAUCUUGUUUACACCCGGUAUUUCUGCACAGAUAAACAUCAGGCUACACUAAUAUUAUUGGUACUAUACUAUUUGUAGAAUAAGAUCCCAGUGGUGGCUUGGUAGUAGUGAUGUAUAUCAUGGGUUCAGAUUUGUGUUAAUGUAAUGCAGAAAGUUGGGUGUUUGUGUGUUAGGUGGUCUUGAUUUGCUCUUAUAACGCGUUGGGGGUGUGCUGGUAUUAAACAUUUCUGACCCAAGGAUCACCUCACACAGUAGCGUGGGAUUGUUUUCAAAAAUUCUGUUUUUAUAUAGCGAAAUAUUCUGCUUAUAUCCACAUCUGUUGGCAUUCAGCCUUUCAAAAAUAAAGAGUUCACAGGUUUGCUCUCCUGCUCGCCACAAAGAGGCCUGCACUGUAUUAACGGGGCAGUCUAGUAGCAAUCUCACUAAGUCUUUGAGCAAUGCAUAUGAUAAUUGACUGUACUGUGAUGAAACACAAUGCUGGUGUUAAUAUUGACAUAAAUUCAUAAAUUAUAUAAAAAUGUAAUCUUUGAAAACGGCUCAAACUGCCAUAUACUGUUUAAUAUGAGUCCUACUCUUCAAGGCCAAUUCAGACAGAGUUGACCAUUUGGGACUAAUCUGCAUCAUGAAAUAAAAGAAUGAACACAG